CUCACUCAUUAUCUCAGAAAGCCUGUAGAGCUCAGACUGAUCUGCAGUGGACUGAUAGUGCUGUGGAGCUGGUGACGGUGUGUCAGCCUCAGUCCAGCCUCCCUCUGCUGUCUGUACAAGGAUAUCAGCCAGUGAGUCAGCUGCAUGUUGGAGGUCCACGCUGACUUCCCAUUUAUUCUUAAAAUAUGCCACUGGAAGGGAGUUUCCUUUUGCCAGAGCAAUGUGGCAUUCAUACUUGGUGCUGGCAGUGCUGAUUGGGUGUACGGACCCAGUCUCAGGGUACAGUAAUGGGAAGGUGAGCAUUGCUUGUGAAGACAUGGUGCCUCAGCAUGGUUAUGAGCCAAGCCCAGACCCUCCUCCAUACAACAUCAGUGUGGAUAAAUCCACAUUCAGUCCAGGUGACAACAUCACAGUAUCUUUAAGAGUGGCCUUCUCCUACCCCACGUUCUUCAAGGGGUUCCUGAUAGAAGCUCGGGAUGCUGGGAAAUGGAACUCCCCAGCAGUAGGAUUCUUCAUCCUGACUGACCCACAUGAGUCCCAGCUGCUACAGUGUGGCCACACUCAGGGAUCUGGGGUGAGCCACACGAGCAGCACAAGAAAGACUCACAUUCAGGCGGUGUGGAAAUCUCCAAGAAACCCUCCACACAGAGUCCAGUUUCUUGUGACGGUGGUGCAUAAAUAUAAUAUGUACUGGGUGAGGAUUGCAGGUCCUGUGGUGUCUCUAGGAGUGACCACUGUUCCAUCCACUGUUGUUCCUGCUCAGACCACCGGCCCCACUGCUUUGUCCACACCGCUUAGUUCAGCAGGUUGUGGUCGCAAUAAGUCUUGCCUUAGAGACCCAGUGGGCUGUCACCCUGAGUCAGAUUCCCACUGUUACUUCCUGUCAUUUUUUACUGACCAAGAAGGACAGAGUGUGAUGUUUGAACUCAGUGGGCCUGCUGAAGGUUACAUGUCCUUCGCCCUCUCUCUGGACAAAUGGAUGGGGAACGAUGAUGUCUAUCUGUGCGUGAAUGAUGGAGGCAGAGUUACCAUCAGUGCUGCACAUGUCACCGGACGAAAACACCCUGAGCUGGUGACAGAGGAGGAUCUCUGGGGUCAAACCUGGAGGUUGGCUGAUGGGGUCAUCCAAUGUCGUUUCCAAAGAAGUGUCCUCCUCCCUCAACAGGACAACCGGUUCAGCUUAAACAAUAGCUACUUUUUGUUUCUCGCACAUGGUAGAUCUCAGCAGGGUUUAAUCUCCAGACACGAUCGACAGCCUCUCAUCUCCACCCAUCAGAAGGUGAUCACUGGUCAUCCAGAGAUUCUUUGUGGCUCCCGCUCCCCCCUGCUCAUCAAGUUCCAUGGUGUAUUAAUGCUGACUGUGUGGAUGUGGAUGGUAAGCACAGCCGUCUUCAUUGCUCGGCACUACAAACCCUGCUGGCCUGACACAACUCUGCUGGGACAAAGGCUGUGGUUUCAGCUCCAUCGAACCAUGAUGGUCUUGGCUGUGGUCCUAACUGGUGUUGCGUUCACCCUGCCUUUCAUAUACAGAAGAGGAUGGAGCAAGUCUCAUCAUGACUUGUUCCUUUUUGUCAGUGGAGCUCAGACUGUGUGUACUAGUAGAAACUCAUUAUAAGGACUACAAUUUGCAUUAGCAGAUAUUCCUGCAGAGCCUCUCUCAGGAUACACACAGGAUAUCUCAUUAUGUAAUAGGCAAUUUGUCUUUGUAUAUGCAUGUUUUCAUUUUACUGACCCAUUAGCUUCUCCUGUCUAUCACAAGAGAAAGAGUGAUAAUUUACACAUUCAGCUCUGAUUGUGUAUUUUCUCUCAUUGCCACUGUACUGACAAACAAUGAAGAAGUUCAUUUCCUGAGUGAUGUGCUUUCACACAAUAUUUUCAGUCCACAAUGAAUGGCAUCCUGACGUGUCUCAGUCUGACUGUAAAAAUAGCUAAAUGAGUUGAUCCUAAACUUUGGAGUGAUCCACCCUUUAAGUAAGGGAAAAAUGUAGAGCACAUUGAUUUUUGACAGGGAAUAAAAUGCUCAUCAAGACACAGACAUAGACAAGUAAACCUAUCCUUCUCUGAGCUUCACUGCCAAUAUAAGAAUAUCUUUUUUGUCUAAAAACUUCAAGUUUGACAUUAUUUGUCAUUCAUACGAGAGCCUAAUUAGGUACAUGUAAAAGGACUUUCAUGUGCAGUAUAAAUUACCUUCAACCUAACCUUUCGACAAUUCUAUUAUAAUACAUAAUAACAUUGACAAGUUAGUCAGAAGUCUUUUCUUCAGUGAAUCAAACUUUAUUCCACUUGAGGGAAGUGUUCCUGUAAUUCAGCUUCUUCUGCUGUGAACCAACUCGUAGCUAACACUCCCCUGUUUGUGUGUGUUCCCGUGUCACUGUGGUGUGUAUGUGUGUGUGAAUGACUCAGCCGUUUUAGUCACAUGCUGUUCUGUGGGUUGUGUGAGUGACACAGUGUUGAAUCCAUCCAAGCACUUGUUCCUCCUGACUCAGCACAGAGGCUGAGCUUUUAGAAUCAGGUUUUCCCUCCAGCUGAACACUUCAUCAUAAAGGUGAUGAGAGCGUGUUAGGUAGGGUCUUCCACGGCAUGAAUACGACUUUGAAGAAUUCCGGUUAUAAAGGAAAGAGGAGCCACAUCAAGUUGAAUUUAAGUUUGAGCUUUUAAGUAAUUAAUUAAACUAAAAUAAUGUAAAUAAUAUUCCCCAGUUUUAUAUGUGGUUAUUUCUUAUAAGUUUGAUAAAUAUGAGCCCAAACUUCUUACCUGAAGUGAAGAAAAGUGGUUGGUUGACAAAACAUUUUCUUAUAUAAAUUGAUAUACGGAUCCACAUGCUUAUAUAUACAUAUUAACAAGACUAAUGAUCUAAAACGCACAAUCUAAAGACUAAUGGCCAAUAGUGAAGAGACUUAUCUUCCACUUACAGACAGUUGUAGUAAUUUAAUUUAACGGAAUCUCGUGGUGAAGUUGCAGAAUACAACUAUUUGAAUACAGCUCAGCCUUCCAAGCGUGUAAGAGAAAGUACAGUGGCUGGUAAAGAGCUUAUCUAUAGAGCCAGUGUUUGGUUUUGCCCAACAUUAUUUACAGAGACCCAACAGUACCACCAUGAGCAAGCACUUGGCGACAAGGGCAAGGAAAAACUGCCUGUUAAAAGGCAGAAACCUAGGACAGAUCCUUCGGCUCUAGGUGGGUGGUCGUCUGUCUCGACCAGUUGGGGUGAGAGAGAGAGAGAGAGAGAGUCAGAGAGAGAGAGAGAGAGAGAGACAUAUGCUUUUCUAAAAUCUAUUUUUUAUGUGUUUUUUAUGGUUCCACUUAGAAGGUUGUUUAUUAAAAAAGAUAUGCUCAGAGAGGAGUCAGUUAUGCCCAAAUUUUUCAUUAUCUAAAACGUCCGACAUUUCUCAGUGAAUCUUUUAUUCUGUAAAGUAAUUAAAAUAUGGUUGUGAAAUCAAAGCAAUUAAUACACAAAAUCAACAAAUAAUCUAUGUACAAUUUACAGUGCCAACAAUAAAAGUGCAGACAAUGGAAUAAGAGUGUGAGGCGAGGAUGUUGCUGUCAGCAACUAUACUGCAAGAUGCCAUUAAAUCAUACACUCUAUAACUUUAAAUCUGUGAGUAGGAGGAAAAGUAGAUGUCUUCAUCUUUCACUUAAGUCCAAUAUUUAUCUUGUAGCAGUUUGACAAACCGUCCAAUUUACCUGGAACACAGCCACUGUGCUUAUUUAAACUCUUUGACAGGGACACAUCCCUGUUCUGUUCCUUCCCUGUUGACAGUAUUUUUUGAAGUGGCCUCUAGGUUUCCCCAUGACAUCCUGACCAACUCUAGCACUAAUAAAUCAGCCACCAGCAGGUUAAAUCCUCAUUUACAGAAGAAUACAGUUAUUCUAUAACUCUGUAGGAGUGUUGCUCUUCACUCAUGUCAGUGCUGUAUUCUCUUUGAUUGGUAACAAACACAUGGACAAAGUGUCUACUUGUUCUUAUUUCUGGUGUCUACUUGUUCUUAUUUCUGGUGUUCACCUAAGUAGCCAUAAAGAGUGCCAGAGAAUGGGGCAUUUUCAGAUUCAGGUUACUGAUGUUAGCGCACUAUUGUGCUGUCUCUAGAGCUCAGACUGAAAUUUAACUUUAACAGAAUGUUUCAGACUGUUAUUUUGUACUGCCACUGCUUGCAGGCAGAGUUAAAUGCCUAUGACCACUAGUGUGUACUGAGGCAGCUUCACUGACUCUCAUCCCGUCUCCUCUGUCAUGUCUCGUCCCUGAUUCUGGUGUGACACUGUACGAUGUUAACAUACCACCUGCUGCUUUCCCUCCCGCUGCUACUCCUCCUCCUCACAGAGCUUUUUAAACUCAUUAGCUUAGAAAAAGUUUUCCCUACCACUGGAUAAAUGGUUUUUAAAGAUAUCCGGUCUGAAAAUGUCACAGCUAAGAUGCCAAACUGCUCAUUUAUGAAAUCAAAUUUAUUCAAAACUGCUCUUAUGUCUUCACGAUCCACAAUUUGUGUUCCUAUCUUAGAAUAUCCUUAAUUCUACUAAUUAUAUCCUGUUUAUUAAAGAUUUGCUAAUGCUGCUCCUUUUCUUCAUUCACUCUCUGGCUCGCUCAACCACUGCUAACCUACAGUACUAUAGUUUCCUCUCCAAUGAGGGAAUGUAAGAAAGAAACAUUUCAGGUGUGCUCACUAUUUGACUGAGCACCGGUGAUUUAGAUAAUGUGGAUAAACUGUUGGCUUGUUAACAACUAGUGUUGUUUUUGGCAGCCUGUUUUAAUUUUAGUUUUAGUCUAGUCUUUGUGUCAAACGGUCAUUUUAGUUUUUAUUAGUUUUAGUCACGUUUAUACUCUGUUUAGUCAAGUCAAGUUUCAGUCGACUAAAAGUCUGAGCAUUGUAGUCUUAUUUUAGUCAGAAUUAUCCAUGGCUAUUUUCGUCUAGUUUUAGUCGACGAAAACUGAUGACAUUUUAGUCUAGUUUUAGUCAAUGAAAAUUGUAUUUUAGUCUAAUGCAAUUCUAUUUAACCCAGUUAAUAUAGUACAAGUACCUAGUUUAGUAUAGACAAAACCAAAAAUUUCUUUAAGUCACCCAUUUCACAAGUCAAACAAGGUUAUCUUAUUAUAAUAUUAUUGUUACCUUAUAGACUAAAGAAUACAUUUAAUUCCAGACACGGAAGACGCUCUGAUUUGAAUUUACAACAUAUUUAUUUUACCUACCAAACAUGUAAGAAAUACACACACAUAAAUUUAAAUAAAAUAAAUAAAUAAAAUAGCUUCAAAUGACAAUCUUGUCACGACCCGGCUCUGGAGCCGUGACAAAAACGAGGAGAUGCAGUUGAAAGGACAAAUUAUAAGUAAUUUAUUUAAACAUGGGACUUCCGGUUGAUGUGCGGAAUGGAGUAUUGGUGUUUUCCAGGCUCCCGCCACAUAUUUUAUAUUUUGACUAUUUAGUCAUCUCAUUUAACUCAACUUUGCAGAAAUAAGGCAGUAUGUCAUCUAGACCUGGCAAAUCUUCGAAAAAGCCUGAGCAGCAGACAACUUUAGCCGGCAGUGCCGACAUCGAUAAUGCUACACUAGCUGAGCUGGGGGCGGACCUGUUGACCAAACCUGACUCACUAGCCGUCAGUUUUGAAAACAAGCUUGCUGCCAUAGACUCCAAGCUAGACGGAUUGCAGAUGACGGUGACCAACCAUGAACAACGUAUCUCCGAUCUGGAGUCUGGGCUGAACCAGCUCCAGUCUUUAGAGGCAAUGGCUGAAGAUAACGCCAAGCUGAAAGCUAAGAUCACCGAUAUAGAGGGGAGAAGUAGACGGUGCAAUGUGCGUCUUAUUGGAGUGCCUGAAGCAGUCGAGGGCACACGACCCACUUCUUCUCUACUUUUCUGGUGGAUGUGCUGGGAGAAGACGUGCUUUCAGCCCCUCCAGAGCUUGACAGAGCUCACCGAGCACUCAAACCCAAACCAGCUGAGGGGCAAAAACCUAGAGCCGUGAUUGUCUGUUUCCAUAAAUUCCAGACUAAGGACAUGGUCAUACGGGCUGCCCGCAAGAAGCGAGGAGAACUAAAAUAUAGAGACAAGCUGAUCUACAUAUACGAUGAUUACUGUCCUGAAGUGAUGGAGCAACGUGCGGAGUACAAGGAGGUCAUGCACCAAUUGUACACGCGCAAACUUAAGCCUUCACUACUCUAUCCAGCGCGGCUGUU